CAGAAGGUUGUAGGGGUGAAGAAGAUCCGCAGCAGAGCCUUUCAUUUUGGAGGCGAGGGUUGGAGUUUUGCUGUUUAUCUUCAUUUCAAGGGAAAGACCAAGCUCUCACUUAUUAUGCUGGGAAGAAUAUCCUACAUGGUUAUAAAGUCUCUCAAUAGAACCACGAUUUCUCAACUCCAUACAACCGCGGUUGAAAUGACACGCCAGUUGCAUGCCCGCAGGAUUGAAGGAAUAGACAAAAAUUUAUGGGUGGAAUUCACUCAGUUGACUGCAGAGUAUAAGGCUGUAAACCUUGGUCAGGGCUUCCCUGACUUCCCUCCUCCCAGCUUUGUUCAAGAAGCGUUCUGUAAAGCUGUGAGUGGGGGAUUUGCUCUUCAUCAAUACACUCGGGCUUUUGGUCACCCUCCUCUUGUGAAGAUUCUGGCCAAGUUCUUUGGGAGGAUUGUGGGUCGGGACAUAGAUCCAUUAGAUGAUAUCUUGGUUACCGUUGGUGCGUAUCAGGCUCUGUUCUGCACGUUUCAGGCUCUAAUCGACGAUGGCGAUGAGGUGAUAAUUAUUGAACCGUUUUUUGACUGUUAUCAACCAAUGGUGAAAAUGGCUGGAGGAAAGUGUGUCUAUGUCCCUUUAAGACCAAAGAAGGAUAAAUGUGAAACCAGUGCAGACUGGGUUUUGUCUCCUGGGGAGCUGGCCAGUAAAUUCACAUCACACACGAAAGCCAUCAUCCUGAAUACACCAAAUAACCCCUUGGGGAAGGUGUACAACCAGGAAGAGCUGCAGAUGAUUGCUGAUUUAUGUGUCAAACACGAUGUCUUGUGCAUCAGUGAUGAGGUGUACGAGUGGCUCACCUAUGAUGGUGCGAAGCAUGUAAAAAUAGCUAGCCUUCCUGGAAUGUGGGAGCGAACCAUUACCAUUGGGAGUGCUGGGAAAAGCUUCAGCGCCACAGGAUGGAAGGUUGGCUGGGCAAUGGGCUCUGGGCAUAUCCUGAAGCAUCUGAAAACUGUCCAUCAGAAUUCUGUGUACCUCUGUGCUACUGCCGCUCAGGAGGCAGUGGCACAUGGAUUUCAGAGGGAAUUUGAACAAUUUGGGAAGCCAGAAAGUUACUUCCUUCAGCUUCCUGCAAAGCUUCAAGUGAAACGUCAGAAACUGGCACAGUGUCUCAAAAAUGUUGGCCUGCAGCCCAUCAUGCCCGAGGGAGGCUACUUCAUGAUGGCAGAUAUUUCAACAAUAAAGGCAGAUGUGCCAGACUCAACUGGAAACGAUGAGCCAUAUGACUACAGAUUUGUGAAGUGGCUAAUCAAAAAUAAGGGUUUAGCCACCAUACCAGUUUCUGCUUUCUACAGUCCAGAACACUGCAAAGACUUUCAAAACUAUAUCAGAUUCUGCUUUAUCAAGGAGGACUCCACAUUAAAUGCAGCAGAGAAGAUCCUUCGUGAAUGGAGUGAGAGUAAAUGAGGAAUGAAGUAGGUAGACUGCUGAGGUGUGCUGAACCAGGCUACAGUGUACCCCCUAAAAGUUGUCCCUGGCUGCAUCUUACUGCAGGCCAUAAUUUCAUAAUGAGGUUCAGCCAUGUUCUAGCAUAUUUAGAUUAAUUUUCCCCAGUGCACUGGAAAGUCCCCAUUAAAUGUCCUAUAAUCUGUGAUAUAGGGUAGAAAUCUAGAGUAUUCCAGAAUGAAUGGCAAGUUCUGCAAUAAAAACUAACAGCCAGUGUGCUGGCUACAUACUAAUUUUUAAGUGUAAGCUUCUAAAAUUGACCCACUGAUUAUUAUUAAUUGAAUUAUGUAAAUGCACUAAAUCUAUUGAAGACUUUAAAAUGUUAAGUAUGUUUUCUAAAAAUUAAAGGGAAGAAUU